AAGUAUUUGGUAAGUGGUUGUCUUUUGAAGUUCUUUUUAGAUGUUUUGGUUGGUUGUUGUUGCUUUAUUUUUGUUUCUUGAGAAAAUAUAGGAAAAGGAAGGAACUUAAUUGGGAGUUUUGGGCAUUGGAACUUUCUUGCAACUGGGGUCUGAUGUAAUGUUUCAGUGGUCUCUCCUUUUCCCUUAAAUACGUUAGUUUUUUCUAUUAAAUUGUUGGGUAAUUGGUUUUUGCUGUUGAUAUUCUAUUAGAUGUUUUGGUUGGUUGGUUGUUGCUCUAUCUCUGUUUCUUGAGAAAAUCUGGGACAGGAAAGGACCUUAAUUGGGAGUUUAGAGAGUAGGAACUUUCAUGCAACUGGGGUUUGAUGAAAUGUUUCAGUGGUGUCUGCGCUUCUCUUAAAUGGGUUUGGCAAUUUUUUCUUUUUUUGAAUAUUUAAAUUGUUGGGCAGUUUGUUCAAUCUUUUGAUAAUUUUUAGAUGUUUUGGUUGGUUGGUUGUUUCUUGCUUUACGUUUGUUUGAAAAAAAAAUGGGAAGAAGGAAGGCACUUUAUUAGGAUUUUGGCGAGUAGGAAGUUUCAUGUAACUGGGGGUUUGAUGAAAUGUUUCAGUGAUAUCCGUUCUUCUCUUAAGUAUUUUUUUUUUCCUUUAUAAAUAAAUUUUUGGGUAAUUGAUUCUAUCUUUUCAUCUGUUUUUAGAUGUUGUGGCUGUUUAGUUAUUGCUUUAUGUUUUUUCCUUGAGAAAACAUGGAAAAAAAAAAAAAGAACUCGAGAAAAUUUAAUGCAACUGGGGUUGGGGUUGGAGUUUGAUGAAAUGUUUCAGUGGUAUCUCUGCAUUUUGAUGAGGGGGUAAUCGAAACAAGUGAAACAGAUACUCCUACAGUUAGCCAUGGAUCAGCCAGAACAGACACAGCCGCAGCAGCAGCAGCAGCAUCAAGUAGUGGGGGUUGUAGCUGGUGCUGGUCAAAUGGCCUAUGGUACUUCUCCCUACCAAACUGCUCCAAUGGUGGCUUCUGGUAGUCCUGCAGUGGCUGUUCCUUCUCCAACUCAGCCUCCCGGUACUUUCCCUGCUCCUCCACAUCAGCUUGCCUUUCAACAAGCCCAGCAGUUCCACCACCAACAGCAGCAUCAACAGCAGCAGCAGCUUCAAAUGUUCUGGUCGAAUCAAAUGCAGGAAAUUGAGCAAACAACUGAUUUCAAGAACCACAGCCUCCCUCUUGCUCGGAUCAAGAAAAUAAUGAAAGCUGAUGAAGAUGUGAGGAUGAUUUCAGCUGAGGCUCCAGUAGUAUUUGCAAAGGCUUGUGAGAUGUUUAUCCUGGAGCUGACUUUGCGCUCUUGGAUCCAUACAGAAGAGAACAAAAGAAGAACACUUCAGAAGAACGAUAUUGCUGCUGCCAUUUCAAGGACUGAUGUUUUUGACUUCUUGGUUGAUAUUAUUCCAAGAGAUGAGCUGAAAGAGGAGGGUCUUGGGGUCACUAAGGCUAGUAUUCCAGUGGUGGGUUCCCCAGCUGAUGCUAUUCCAUAUUACUACGUUCCUCCCCCACCAGUAGGACCUACAGGCAUGAUCAUGGGGAAGGCAGUUGUUGAUCAAUCAUCGAUAUAUGCUGCCCAACAGCCUCGACCUCCUGUGCCUUUCAUGCCAUGGCCACAGGCGCAGUCUCAGCCCCAGCAACCCCAACAGCAGCAAACAGAUACUUGAUGACUCGGGCCAAGGUGUGUGCCUUCUGGGGCCCUGUUAGAGACAAACCCUUAUCGUGUCUUUAGUCAUAGUGUAGUUGCUUUGUAGUAGUAGUGUUAGUAGACAAUUACAGAGCUGAAACUAGUAGAUGAUACCAAAUCAAAUGUGAGGCACUCAGCAUCCUGUAAUAGACUUUGUGUUGCUCUUAAUUUGAGGUGUCCUCAGGAGAAGUGUUGUUUUGUGGAAGAAGAGGAUGUUACCCCUUUGUCCUUGAAUCAAUCUGUAUGAGCAAAACAUCAAUUCUGGUUUGCAUGGAUUA